ACAGAUUUGGCAAUUCAUAUGAAAUAAACUUCCAACGCAAAGUGGAACAUCACAGAAGUUAAUAGGCAUACUCGGUCGGUAAUCAUAAUCAUAAUUGAAGAAAAAUGGCAUCCAUCUUUGCUAGCACCACAACUCCAUCGAUCACCCGCGUAGGUCUCUUGCCCAAGCGGGCUCUCGGGGUUUCAUCCUCAACCGUUCUUGGGUUGCCAGCAAUGGGGAAGGUGGGAAGAGUGAGGUGCUCCAUGGAGGAGGGAAAGGCUUGUUCACAUGAUAGCAACUCGAAGAUGGGGAUGGGGAUGGGGGCAUCCUUGAUGGCAGCUGCUAUGGCUGCAAGCAUGUCGAGCCCAGCCAUGGCUCUUGUGGAUGAGAGGCUGAGCACCGAAGGAACAGGGCUUCCAUUUGGUCUGAGCAACAACCUCCUUGGUUGGAUCCUGUUUGGUGUGUUCGGUCUCAUAUGGGCUCUCUACUUUGUCUACACCUCUGAUCUUGAAGAGGACGAAGAGUCCGGAUUGUCUCUCUAAAUAAAAUGUUUAAAUUCAUUAUAUGCUGCUAUUGUUGUGUAUUGCUAAACAACCACUUCUGUAUCGCUUCCAACUUCUAAUAUCUUCAUUUACUCUUCCUCUCAAA